AUGUCGUUCAAAUUAUUGUGGAGGUUGCGAGAAUAUUUGGAAUAUUUGGAUAUCUUGAAAGCUUUUGAUCUGAGGAACCGCAUGAUGCAGAAUAGGACAUCAACAACAGACCAGACCUACUACAAACUAUCUGCUUACAACGGGGAGAAUGUCUUCACAUUCAUCGUGCCUUCCUUGAAUGAAACCUCAAGAACUCAGAACACAAUCAUCAUCAGCACUCCUCUCGUCAUCAGCAGCCACACGAAUCCUUCCAUGAAAUCUACCAUCCACCACUACCAUCGCCACGAUUUCAAAAAUGAUGAUAACGACGAUGAGGAGGAAGAAGAUGUUGAGGAAGAUGACGACGACAGCGUCAAGGAAGCUGUGGCUGGUGUGGUUGGUGCAGCCUUAAAAACGGAUACGUUUAGUCAAAUUAUAUUCGAUGUCGUCACCUCCAUGACGUUCUGCGACGACAACAAGGAGUGCAAACAUGUCUGCAUGGCUGGAGUUGUGAGUCCAACUCUCAAUUAUUUCAAAUGUAUCAAAGGAUGUAUAAUCAAUGAGACGGAGGACGUCUCCUGCUACCUCAUCGAUGACAGUGGCUUCGUCAUCUUCUCCAGCAUGCCCAAUCGACAAGGUUACUUCGUUGGGGAGGUGGAAGGCAUGGGUCCCAUCAUGAAGGCCCUCAUCAUCACGGAAAAGCAAGUUGAUGAGGAUGGUGGCAGUGAUGAUUCUGCCCCGGAAGGAAGCGGACUCUUCAGAAAGUACGUCUCCAACCUACCUGUCCUCAUCCAAAUGAUGUCCUCUCAUCUAUUCGGCUUGCUGUCCACCGACGACCCGCUGACCGACGGCGACUUCUUCUACGACAUCGUUGACGAGGAAUUCCUGGAAGAUGGCUACCAGAUGGAGAACCCUGAGUUCCGUGCUAUGAUGCGCGAAUGCUACAACAAGGUCCGAGGCUCUCUACUGCUCGAUUGCUUCAGAGAAACGAAGACCUCAUUCGAGAACCGCAAGUUUGUGGGCGACGUGCCCUGCUUCAAGCAGCUCAUCUACUUCGUGGCCGACACGUCCAGACUGCCUCUCCAGGGCAACGCCAGCGUUUGCGACAAUCUCUGCACCAGGUUCGCAAAUUCUAACCUUUUGAAUUCUUGA